CCCCAUUCCUCCAUCUCCCUCCUCUCUCCCUCCCUCUCUCGGCGCCAUGCAAGCAGCAUCGCCGCCGCCAAUGGACGCGCUCGACCCCGCCCCGCCGUCCCCGCUCUCCUCCGACAUCUCGCCCCACUUCCCUCCCUCCAUCGCAGACGCCGGCGCCGGCGCGCUGGACCUGUCGUUCACCUCCACGGCCUCCGCCUCGACGUCAUCCUUCACCACCGCCACCACCUUCAGCGCGCGGAGCUCGCUCUCCCUGCCGUCGUUCUCGUCCUCCACCUCGCUCUCGCCCAGGCCGCACUCGUCGUCCGCGUCCCCGCACUGGGCGCUCCUCGCCGCCGCGCGGGCCGCCACGCCCGACGGCGUCCUCCGCCUCGCGCACCUCCACCUCAUCCGCGAGCUGGGGCACGGGCACCUCGCGCGGGUGUUCCUGUGCCGCCUCAAGAGCUCCCCGCCGGCGUCCCCGCUCUUCGCGCUCAAGGUCGUCGACCUCCGCGACGACGACCCGUCACGUGUCACCCAUGUGCUCGCCGAGUCGCGCGUCCUCUCCUCGCUCGACCACCCCUUCGUGCCCACCCUCUACGCGCGCCUCGACGCCGGGCGCUACGCGUGCUUCCUCAUGGACUACUGCUCCGGGGGCGACCUCCACGCGGUGCUCCGGCGCCGCCCCGGCGGCCGCCUGCCCGUCGCCGCUGCGAGGUUCUAUGCUGCCGAGGUGCUUCUGGCGCUCGAGUACCUGCACGCGCUCGGCUUCGUGUACCGCGACCUCAAGCCGGAGAACGUCCUGCUCCGAGGCGACGGUCACGUCGUGCUCUCCGAUUUCGACCUCGCGCUCCCGGCGUCCGUGGAGCCCGCCGUCCGCCGCCGCCAGGUUCGGAAACUCGGCCACCGCAAGAAGAGAAUCAUGCCAUCGUGCUUCUCGGCCAAUGGCGGCAGCAUCGACGACGGCGAGGUUGACGCGAAGGAACAGUUUGAGUUCGUCGCCGAGCCAACGGCCGCGAACUCCAAGGACUGCGUGGGCACGCACGAGUACCUCGCGCCGGAGCUCGUGAGCGGGACCGGCCAUGGCAACGGCGUCGACUGGUGGGCGUUCGGCGUCUUCCUCUACGAGCUCGUGUACGGCCGCACGCCCUUCAAGGGGCACGCCAAGGACACCACGCUCAAGAACAUCCUCUCCAAGCAGGUCACGUACCCGCAGCUCGACGGCGAGGCCGACGCCGCGCAGCUGCGUGACCUCAUCGGAAGGCUGCUCGAGAGGGACCCGCGGCGGCGCAUGGGCUCCGCGCGCGGCGCGGCGGAGAUCAAGAGGCACCCGUUCUUCGCCGGCGUUGACUGGGCGCUCAUACGGUGCGUCGCUCCGCCGGUGGUGCCGGACAAGGACGCCGCGGCGGCGGCCGGCGCCGGCGACAAGAAGGCGAAGCUGGGGAGCUGGAACAGUUUGGGAGGCAAGAAGCGCAGCAGCUUCGGGAGGAAAUCGAAUUACGAGGAAAGGCAGGGGGUUUUCCGCAAACUGAUGAGCUGGAGUCAAGAGAGCCGAUCCAAGAAGGCCAAGACGAACAAAGUCAAGCUAUAAAUUUGCUCCCUUUUUGCGAGAUUUGUCUCUUUUUUGGGGUCUCUUUUGCCAGUUUUUUGUUUAAUUAGGUAGGGUUAAUCUGUUACAUGUAUAGUGUGUGGUGUGGAUUACUACGACCUUGGAGUUGUGAUCGAGGAGGCGUUUUGUACAAAGAUCGAGGCGAUGUAUGUCACUGCGUUGACAUGGUUUGAUCCAUGCUCAUAUAUGGAGAAACUUCAUCCCUUGUUUAAGUCAACAAGAUUCCUUCUAAUGA